AUGGGGUCAGCCACCAGGCUGGCCUUCAGCGUUUUCCUCAUCACCUGCUCCUCAGGUGCGAUCCUGGGCCACUCACAGACUCAGACCUGUGUACUCUACAGCUACAGCUCUUCAUCGUCCUCAUCCUCCUCGGCAGAGGGUGGGGGGAACGUUAGUGGUGUGGAGACCUGCUCUGGGCAGAAGGAUGAGAAGAGGCAGCACUGCUUCGCCACCUGGAGGAACAUCUCCGGUCAGGUGACUGUGGUCAAACAAGGGUGCUGGCUCGAUGACCGCAGCUGCUAUGACAGGACGGAGUGUGUGGAGAGGAAGGAGUCACCUGACGUCUUCUUCUGCUGCUGUGAGGGCAGUUUGUGCAAUGAGAGGUUCUUCUACCUGCCCAACAGCAACCAUACGCCGCCGCUGCCUCCGACAAAUGUCCCACUGACACCGAGGCCCCCGGUGGUCACCGCUCUGAUGUACUCGCUGCUCCCCAUAAUGACUGUUGCCGCUAUCAUCCUGCUGUCUUUCUGGAUGUACCGACACCACAAACUGGCUUACCCACCUGUGCUGGUGCCCACACAGGAGCCUUGCCCCAUGCCCCCCUCCCCCAUCCUGGGACAUAAGCCUCUGCAGUUGGUGGAACUGAAAGCCAGGGGGCGCUUUGGCUGUGUGUGGAAGGCUCAGCUGCUCAGUGAACAUGUUGCUGUCAAGAUCUUCCCCCUUCAGGAGCGCCAGUCGUGGCAGAACGAGUAUGAGAUCUACAGCCUGAGUGGGAUGAGGCACGAGAACCUCCUGCAGUUCAUCGGCGCUGAGAAGAGAGGCAGAGAGCUGGAGAUGGAGCUGUGGCUCAUCACUGCCUACCACCACAAGGGUUCUCUGACAGACUACCUUAAAGCCAACGUUCUCUCCUGGUCUGAGCUGUGUCGGAUUGCACAGUCCAUGUCUCGAGGGCUCACCUACCUGCAUGAAGACAUGCCUAUACACAAAGAGGGACACAAACCUGCCAUUGCACACAGGGACUUGAAGAGUAAGAACAUCCUGCUGAAGUCUGACUUGACAGCCUGCAUCGCCGACUUUGGCCUCGCUCUCAGGUUUGAGGCAGGAAAGUCUCCAGGAGAUGCUCACGGACAGGUGGGGACCAGGAGGUACAUGGCCCCGGAGGUCCUGGAAGGUGCCAUCAACUUCCAGAGAGACGCCUUCCUGAGGAUAGACAUGUACGCCGUGGGCCUCGUGCUGUGGGAGCUCACCUCGCGCUGCAAAGCUGCUGAUGGUCCAGUGGAUGAGUACCUGCUGCCCUUUGAGGAGGAGGUGGGUCAGCAUCCGUCUCUGGAGGACAUGCAAGAGGUGGUUGUCUACAAGAAGCUCAGACCCACAAUCAGAGAGUGCUGGCAGAAGCACGCCGGUCUGUCUCUGCUCUGUGAGACCAUGGAGGAGUGCUGGGAUCACGAGGCGGAGGCCCGGCUGUCGGCGGGCUGCGUGGAGGAGCGCAUCGUGCAGAUGCAGCGGCAGACGAGUGUCACGGCACCUGAGAUCGUCACAGUCGUCACCAUGGUAACCAACCUAGACUACCCCCCCAAAGAGUCAAGUCUAUGAUGAGGACCAAUCAGAGCAGACUGGAGACUCCAAAAUAUAAGACUGUGUGGGACACAGGAUGGAUUUCAGAAUAAAAGAACAAAGCUCGUGAAUGUCUGCGCUGUGGUACAGGUGUACAGAUUUAUACAGGUGAUCACAGCCGAUUGGUCCAUCAGCAGGAAGCCUGAUCAGGAACGCCACAGAGGGAAUCUCCUGAUUUAUGGCAGAUUUCAUCUCCUGGAGCCGCCAAUCAUCUCUGUUGUGAACAUUUUCCACACAUGGAGACAGAGCGCUCAGAGUCGGACGGGGCAACUCAUGUGAGGAUGUCAGAAACUGUUCAGGUGAUCAAUCAGCAGAUGUAUUGAUUAUCUGAGAAUACAAACAUCAUGGAUCAGUUUGACACGAAGACAAACAGCUCCAUGCUUUUAUUUUGAAACACUAACCUCCUGUGUGUGUGUGUGUGUGUGUGUGCGUGUGUGUGUGUGUGUGCGUGUGUGGACGCGAUCCUAGUGACAUCAUGACAAUUAGUCCAGUGAGCUGACCUCUGACCUCAUUAUUGAUUAUUGAUUUGGCUGAUUGAUCCUCAGACCCUGCGGUGGCCAUCUUGCUCUUAAGUUUAAGUUUGAGGAGGCAGGGUCAGAGGUCAAGCUCAGGGGUAUUCUCUGAUUAAAAACUGACCUCAGCGAAACAGGAAGUUGUUUAAUUGAUUAUUAGGACAAACUCAGGUUGGUUUGUUAUUGAUCAGCUGAUCGGCUCUGUGGACCUUCCUCCACAGGAAACUGAACUCUGUGGGCGUGUCCUAAAGCUGAGCAGCUGAAAGGGUUAAUGAGAGCUGAAAGUCAGAGGUCAGCAGGAAGGUCUUAGCCUCCAAUCACUACGAUGAUGAUGUCAGUAAACGCAUCACUAAACCAGUCAAUACUGCGUUCAGGACUUCAGACUCGCUGAUAUUAAACUGGUUUGGACCUGCAGGACUCUGCAGGUUCUGACUGAGUCCUGUAGGUCCUGCUCCCUGUGCUGUAUUCACUGUUUUCUGACACUGUUGGAUCUGUACAGAAGAGAACAUGUUUGAAAUAAAGAAGUGACUGCUUG